AUGGCGUCUGCCUCCCGCGCCCCCGCGAAGCCCCCGCAGGUCCUGGUCCUCGACCCACCCUCCGUCCUCAAGUUCAAAGGCCCCUUCACCGCGGUAGUCACCACGCAUCUCAAAUUGUGCAACCCGUCGUCGAGGACAGUGUGCUUCAAGGUGAAGAGCACCAGGCCCCGCCGCUACUGCGUGCGGCCCACCAGCGGCGUCAUCGAGCCGGGCUGCACAGUGACGGUCGCCGCCAUGCUGCAGCCCUUCGGCCGCGACCCCAGCGGGGAGGGCACGCACAAGUUCAUGGUGCAGACAGUGUUUGCCCCCGAGGACACUUCGAAUCUGGAGGCCGUGUGGAAGGAGGCAAGGCCCGGCGAACUCAUGGAUUCGAAACUGAGGUGUGUGUUUGAAAUGCCGAGAGAAAGUGACCAACAGGAACAAGUCUUGAGAUUCAGAAAGGCCGCGCACGCCAGCAGGCCGGAGCCCACCUCCUCCACCUCCCUGAAGCCGAAUCGCACCUCGCCUUUCCCUGUUGUACUUCUCGUGAUCGGAGCAGUUUUCGUCGGAUUCUUUCUAGGGAAAUACCUCUUGUAG